AUGACAAUGGGUGUUCAAAAGUCUGAUCCGAUCAUUAUUGUCGGCGGUGGAGCCUUUGGGCUGUCAACUGCUCUUCAUCUGACUCGAUCUGGAUUCACCAAUAUCUCUGUCUAUGAGAAAGAUGAUCACAUUCCUCCUCGGUACUCUGCUGCCAAUGACCUGAACAAGAUCGUGCGCGCGGAGUAUGAGGAUCCCUUUUAUACCGACCUGACAAUUAAAGCCAUUGCCGAAUGGAAAACUCCUCUCUUUGCGCCCUUCUUCCACCAGACUGGAUUCCUACACUGCGUGUCCGGUGAUGCCUCCCAAAAAGCCAUUGACACCCUCGCGAGAUUCCGAGCUUCGGCGGAGAAGAAUGCCCAAAUCAAGCCCCACGUCGUACCCCUCGAUAACGUGAACGAUGUCCGCCAGGCAUGCUGGCAGCUUGACGGUCCCUUGACCGGCUGGAACGGAUACCUGAACCGCUUUGACGGCUACGCCCACUCCGGCAAUGCCCUGGCAGCAGUCUACCGCGCCGCCCAAGCAGCCGGCGUCCGCUUCUACCUAGGCGAGCACGGCGCCGUCGACGAAGUCGUCUACGUGAGCACCCUCCAAGGGCGCAAGAGCUCCGGAAUCCGAACCAAAGAUGGCAAAUUCCACCCCUCAUCUCUGGUGAUUGUCGCCGCCGGGGGCGCAGUGGGCCGUCUAGUCCCCGAGCUUGGCAAGAAAGUCGUCGCCAAGUCCUGGUCUGUUGCGCAUGUUCAAUUGACCGAUGAAGAAACCUCCGCUCUGCGCGGUAUCCCUAUCACCUAUGCCCGUGAUCUGGGAUUCCUCUUUGAACCGGACCCAAAGACAAACUUGCUGAAGAUCUGUCCUAUGGGCGGAGGCUUUAUCAACACUGAUCCCAAGACCGGGAUCUCACAUGCUCCUGAUACCUUGGAGGAAAGCGCUUUCGUGCCGGACCACGAUGAGAAGCAGAUGAGGAAGUUGCUGGCGCAUACGCUUCCGGCAUUGGCGAAUCGGCCUUUGGUUAAGAGGUCGCUUUGCUGGUUCGCUGAUACUGAUGACUCGGACUUCAUUAUUGAUUACGUUCCGGGGACUUCGGACUCUGUUGUUGUGUUGUCUGGCGACUCCGGGCACGGCUUCAAGAUGUUCCCUAUCUUUGGUUCGUGGGUUUCGGAUUUCCUGGAGCACAGCCGUCAACGUAACGCCCAGUGGAGGUGGAAGCAGACAGAUCCCAACGCAGAGAAGGGCAACUGGGGUGGUGAUGUGAGCUGGCGACUCGGAGAGUCUUUGGAGCUGAAAGAUAUUCGGCCUAAGGUCGUGUCUAAGCUUUAG